UAUUAUGAGAACCUCACAGCCUACGCAUAUGCUCUGGUUUCAAAGGUAUUACGCACGCCAUUUGAUUGGCAGACGGACAUCUUUGUCAUAUUAAAAAUGGGCCAAGUUGAAAAAAUCCUAACAAGGUUUCUUAAUAAGUGACGAGAUUUCUCCAGAUAACAACCUCUCAAGGCUGAUGGUACUUUUAAAUUAGAUAGGUGUUGAAAUUCCUCAGUCCGUAUGAUCGGUGUUCUGAAACGAAAUUCUACAUAAAGAGGGAGAGAAACAAGUCCCAUGCAUGCAUCGGAAUACUCUGCAUUUUGCCAGUGUUUUCACCAAAUAGCAUGAUGCCACUUACAUGCUCUGUGUCUAUUAUUAAUUUUGAGGAAGUAAAUAAUUCCUUGCAAUGCUAUAUGACGAAAACUUUAUUUGCACUAGUACGUCCAUUGCAUUAUUAAGUGGAGAUAUAGUUAUCAAGAAAAGCUAAUGUACAUCUCUUGAAGCUAAAUGUGUAGAUUAGAAUUGACUUUGAGUUCAUACUCGUCUAGUGGUAGUUGAGGCGAGCCUACACAAAAUUUAUUUACUCCUUUGGCACAAAUUUCAACAGCCUACAUUGUUGUAAAGUCUGUUUGGUCGACACAGUUGAGUGGCAGCUAAAGUUCGGUAGUUGAAAAAUUGUUUAGUGCAUACCGCUUAUGUUUUUGUUGUUCUACCUUAGUUCUAUGCAUGGCCAUUCUAGUUUUCAGGCCAUUUGAUUUUAUUCCGUUUUAGAGUGUUAUGAAUAUUAUACUAUGCAUAUUGGUGUUAAUAAAUCAGACUAUUUACCAUCAUUGAUAGUGCAGAAAUCACCUGUUAACUUUUAUAUUGGACUUUGCCUCGCCUUAUUGUCGACCUUAUUCAUUGGAACUAGUUUUAUAUUUAAAAAGCUUGCACUUCGUCGAAGUUCCAGGAAUGGAUUUAGCGCUGGUGAUGGAUCCCUAAGUUAUUUGUGUGAAUGGAUGUGGUGGAUGGGUUUUAUUCUAAUGGGUAUUGGUGAAUUUGCCAAUUUUGUAGCGUAUACAUUCGCUCCAGCUAUACUAGUGACACCGUUAGGUGCAUUAUCUGUACUUGUUAGUGCACUGUUAAGUGUACGCUUUUUAAAUGAACGUUUAAAUUGUAUUGGUGGAUUUGGAUGCGGUAUAUGUAUAUUAGGUUCAACUUUAAUUGUAUUACAUGCACCAAAAGAACAAAAUUUAACAUCACUACAUGAAAUGUGGUUAAGAGCUACCGAUCCAUCUUUCAUUAUCUACAGUUUAUUCGUUAUAUUAAUGUCCAUCGUAUUGAUUUUUAUUUUGGGUCCACGUUAUGGUAAAACAAACCCAAUUAUCUUCACAUUGGUCAGUGGAAGUAUUGGCUCAUUGUCAGUUGUUGCUUGUAAAGGUAUUGGUGUAGGAUUAAAAAAUGCAUUCACUGUUGGCUUUUCAUCAAUGUUCUCAUCAUGGUUUUUUUGGUUCCUGAUGAUCUGGCUUAUUGGUGCAAUCACAAUACAAAUGUAUUAUUUAAAUCGAGCAUUAGAUUUAUUCAGUACUGGCAUAAUUACACCGUUACUAUAUGUGUUCUUCACUGGCUUUGUAAUCAUUGCAUCAACAGUGUUAUUUCAUGAAUUAAAUGCAUUGAAUUAUAUGGAUUAUGUUGGUUUAAUAUUCGGUUUGAUAUUCACAGUGUUAGGUAUUGUUAUGAUUACUGUGCUAAAGGAUUCCAAUUUCUCAUGGAAGAGCUUACGAACAUUUUUUCAGGCAAAGCAUUCAACCUACUCGUCAUCAAACAGUUCAUUUGACAUGCACAAUAAACUUUAUCGUCGUAUUACUGCAUUCAAACCAACAUUGUAUGACUGGAAAACUCGACAUGGUAGACGUUUAUCAUUCGAUCAAUUGAGUACCGAAAAGUUAAUCUCUGAUCAUCAUUCUGAUUCUGAACUCACUGAUGUUGUACAUCUAUUGCCACAUAUAACUAGUCGUAAUAUUAAUCAAAAUGGUCAUCUAAUGUCAGGUAAGGCAAAAAUGAAAAGAAUUCAAACAUUUACUGAUUCUCCACAAUUGUAUACUCUGACAAACGGAAUAGUUUCUGUCUCUACUUAA